AUGCGCGUUCUCGCCAAACGUGCCUCUCGUGCACUGAAAAAAAAGGGCACGUGCACGCCCCCUCUUCUCUCGUCGCGCGCGUCCUCCUCCUGUGCGCGCUCUGGGUCUCGCCUGGACGAACUGCGGCGGGGCGGUGGAACUCCAAAGGUUUUGCCUGAAUUUAGUCAAACGGGAGCCGCCUUUGGGGAAUCGGGCAGCGUUCGCGUUUGUUUCUUCCGGGGAAUUAUUUGUUUGACUUCAUAUUUAGCAGUUCAGCCAUGGAGACUUUGAGAGGGCUCCUUGUGCUGCUGUGCGUCCUCCUGGCCAGAGCGCAAACGCAGAUCCAAAGACCCAGGUCCGCGGAAUGUCCGGUUGACCUUUUCUUCGUAUUGGAUACAUCCGAGAGUGUGGCCCUCCGGCAGAAACCUCCCAACUUUUACAUUGACCAGAUCAAAGAAUUCACCAAACGCUUCAUAGAUGAACUGCAGGACAUGCGCCAUCGAUGCGAUCGCUACCUGACAUGGAACUCGGGGGCGCUGCACUACAGUGACGACGUCAUCCUGGUGCGCGAACUGAGUGACAUGAGCACCGAUCGGCAGGCCCUGAAGAAUGACAUUGACACCAUCAGAUACAUCGGCAAAGGGACCUACACGGACUGCGCCAUCAAGAGGGGACUUGCCGAGCUGCUCAUUGCAGGUUCUCACUACCACGAGAACAAGUACAUCGUGGUGGUGACUGACGGCCAUCCCAUUACUGGCUACAAGGAGCCAUGCGGAGGUGUGCAGGAGGCUGCGAAUGAAGCUAGGCUACAUGGCGUCAAGGUGUUCGCCGUCGCCAUCUCACCUGAUCAGGAGGAUACUCGACUCUCCAUCAUCGCCACUGACCAGAACUACAGGCAGAACUUCACAGCCGCAGAUGACUCCAGAGCCACCAAGAUGGGAACCAUCCGAACCAUCAUCGAUAUGAUCACAAAUGAGACCAAGGACGUGUGCUGCUCAUUUGACUGCAAUGCUCCAGGAGGCCCCAAAGGACCAGAUGGAGAUGCUGGCGGCAUGGGCGAAACGGGCAGACCCGGAAUGCCAGGAGAGAAAGGAGACAUUGGCGCCAUGGGAAGCGUUGGAGAUCCCGGUCCUGUUGGAUACAGCGGAAUGAAGGGAGACCGAGGUGGUCGAGGCGUGAAGGGAGAAAGGGGACACAAAGGCUACAAGGGUGACAAAGGUCUACGGGGAAAUGAUGGAAUCGAUGGACGCAAGGGUGAGGCUGGUUACCCCGGCCUUUCUGGCUGCAAAGGAUCUCCUGGAUCAGAUGGUCUACAGGGUGAGCCUGGGCCAAAGGGAGACCCUGGUCCUUUUGGGCCAAAAGGAGAAAAAGGAGAUAGUGGAAGAGAUGGCGAACCGGGAAGACCUGGAAACUAUGGGCCGUUAGGACCUCAGGGCGAUCCCGGACCUCGUGGAGCUAACGGGGACAAAGGCGAGCGCGGUGAUGAUGGUGCGCCGGGACCGGACGGACCUCGUGGCGAGAUCGGAGCAGUUGGAGAGAAGGGGGAGCAAGGUUCCCGUGGCAACCGAGGACCAAGAGGAGAGCCAGGGGAGCCAGGACCCCGUGGAGAGCAGGGACGAGAGGGCUCGGCUGGCCCCAACGGAGACCCCGGUGAGCCUGGCAGGGAUGGUUCCCCCGGAUACAGAGGUGAUGAAGGCCCCCCUGGACCAGAGGGACCCAAAGGACCAAGAGGAAUCAAAGGGUCUGCCGGAGACAGAGGCCCAAUGGGAGGCAGGGGUGUGGACGGCGUACCAGGAAAUGGUACUGCAGGUUGCCCAGGCUUCCAGGGUUAUCCUGGCCCUCGCGGAGAUGCUGGUGAACCUGGCAGCAAGGGAACCCCCGGACCCAAAGGAGACGACGGAGAAGCCGGUGACCCGGGCCCUGAUAACAAUCAGCCAGGACCUCCAGGACCAAAAGGGGCCAAAGGUCACAGGGGACCUGAAGGAAAUGCGGGACCUCCUGGGCCUCCCGGACCACCAGGAACUGAUGAAUGUGAAAUUCUGGAUAUCAUCAUGAAGCUCUGCUCCUGUUGCGAGUGUAAAUGCGCCGCUCUGGAUUUGGCGUUCAUUGUGGACAGCUCAGAGAGUAUUGGUUCCUCAAACUUUGCUCUCGCCAAGGACUUCAUCAUCACCGUUGUAGACAGAUUGAUUAAAGACCAGCAGGUCAAGUUUGCAGGUAAUGAGUCCAGGGUGAGCGUCGUGCAGUACAGUGGUGCAAAAGCCCAAGAAGUGGUCCAACUGGGCACCAACGUUGCUACCCUCACCGAGUUUAAACAGGCCGUGAAAGACCUCAAGUGGCUGGCUGAGGCCACUUACACCGGCGAGGCCCUGAAUUUCGCUCUGGAAAACACCAUUAAGCUCAUGAGGCAGGAGAACCGCGUGGUUCUGGUUCUCACCGACGGACGCUCUGACAUUCUCAGGGACAGGGUUCCUCUCAAUGUUCUCUGCGGCAAAAACAUCAGGGUGGGAGGUUUGGGCGUGAAGGACUACUCGGGCCGUCAGCCCAAUCAGGAGCAGCUUGGAGAUCUGGUGUGCAAGAGCGAUCCCAAGCCAGGAUUCUCCUUCGUGCUGGACAACUUUGCCGAGCUUCUCGAUGACUCCUUCUUGCAGAACCUCACAUCCAGAAUCUGCCAAGAUAAGAAGUGCCCGGACUACAAGUGCCCAAUCUCCUUCUCUCAAAGUCACGACCUCCUGCUGAUGAUGGACAGCUCGGCUAGCGUGGGCCAGAAGAACUUUGACACAAGUAAGACCUUCGUGCACCGUUUGGUCAAUCGCUUCCUGAGCGCCCAGAAGGAGAGGGGCGUGAACGUGAGAGUGGCCGUGGGCCAGUACAGCCGCGCCGCCCGCAUGGAGCAAGGCCUGACCACAAACGCGACCCUGCUGUCCCAUCACAUCCACGAGAUGGCCUUCCAAAACGACGGCACCAACGUCAUAGAGGCCAUGGACUUUGCCAUCAAGUCGCUCCCGAGCCGCGGCGACGGCAGCGGCUACAGGAAGAAGGUGAUCCUGUUCUCGGACGGAAGGUCUCAGGCCGUCACCGAGGCCGUGCUGCAGAAGCGCGUCCGCGAGCUGGCGGACGCCGGCUUGGAGCUCUUUGUCAUCGCGGUGGGCGGCCAAGUCAACGAGGUCAACCUGCGCACGCUGGUGAGCAGGGGACAGCGUGACGACAUCAAUUACGCUCAGCGCCAUCUCUUCCGCGUGGCAGACUACCCCUCGCUGCUCCGCGGAGUCUUCCACCAAACCGUCUCCCGAAGAGUGUCCAUGCCCUGAGUGCGGGCGGGGCCCAGAAUAGCAGGACUGACAACCCUUUCGAUUUUUAGUCCCAUUAUGAAAUAGUCAGUCUCAUUUACCAUACACUGUUUUGUUUUUUUUUGUAAAGAAUGUCACAAAGCAAAUGAUGAUUGUUUUUGAGAGGAAUUUCAAACGUAGACCACCAUGGGGGCUGCAUCAUGGGGUCGGAUCAUUAGACCAUAACAGCAAUGAUAACUUCAAGUCGGAUUUUCAGAUGUAGGGAAAUUGUUGCCUGUGAGGCAUUUUAACCCGAGUCAUUGAAGACGUUUGGCCUUGGUUUUGAUAAAAAUCGUUAAAAACUUGCAAAAAUGCCCC